AUGGGCAAGGAACAACUCCAUGUCCUGAACGCCCUAGACCUGGCCAAGACCCAAUGGUACCACUUCACCGCCAUCGUGAUCGCCGGCAUGGGCUUCUUCACCGACGCUUACGACCUCUUCUGCAUCUCCCUCGUCACUAAGCUCCUCGGCCGCCUCUACUACACCCACCCUAACUCCCCUAAACCCGGCACCCUCCCACCCAACGUCCAAUCCGCAGUCAACGGCGUCGCCUUCUGCGGAACCCUCACCGGCCAGCUCUUCUUCGGCUGGCUCGGCGACCGUCUCGGCCGCAAGCGCGUCUACGGCAUAACCCUCACGCUCAUGGUCCUCUGCUCCAUCGCCUCCGGCCUCUCCUUCGGCCACCAUCCAAAAUCCGUCAUGUCCACUCUCUGCUUCUUCCGCUUCUGGCUCGGCUUCGGCAUCGGCGGCGACUACCCGCUCUCCGCCACCAUCAUGUCCGAGUACGCCAACAAGAAGACCCGCGGCGCGUUCAUCGCCGCGGUCUUUGCAAUGCAGGGCUUCGGAAUCCUCGCCGGCGGCGCAGUCGCCAUGGCCGUGUCCGCCGCUUUCCGAAACGCUUACCCGUCCCCCGACUACCAAACCGACCCGGUUAAGUCCACCGUCCCAGAGUCCGACUACGCGUGGCGGCUCAUCCUCAUGCUCGGAGCUCUCCCCGCGGCCCUGACUUACUACUGGCGGAUGAAGAUGCCGGAGACGCCGAGGUACACUGCGCUCGUGGCCAAGAACGCCAGGCGCGCGGCCGCGGACAUGUCGAAGGUUCUCCAAGUCGAGCUUGAGGGCGAUCACGAGAUGGUCGACAAGAUCGAAAAUGGAAAUGAGUUCGGGCUCUUCUCGAAGGCUUUCGUUCGGAGGCACGGGCUACACCUCGUGGGCACGACCACGACUUGGUUCUUGCUCGACAUCGCGUUCUACAGCCAGAACCUGUUUCAGAAGGACAUCUUCACGGCGAUCGGGUGGAUACCUCCGGCGAAGACGAUGGGCGCGCUCGAGGAGGUGUACCGGAUCGCGCGGGCGCAGACGCUGAUCGCGCUCUGCAGCACGGUGCCCGGGUAUUGGUUCACGGUGCUUUUCAUCGACAGAAUUGGACGGUUCGUGAUCCAGCUCAUGGGGUUCACGUGCAUGACGAUCUUCGUGUUCGCGCUCGCCAUUCCGUACCACCACUGGACCAUACCGGAGAAUCGGAUUGGGUUCGUCGUGAUGUACUCGCUCACUUUCUUCUUUGCAAACUUCGGGCCAAACUCGACGACAUUUGUGGUGCCGGCCGAGAUAUUUCCCGCCAGGCUGAGGUCGACGUGCCACGGGAUAUCGGCAGCUGCGGGAAAGGCGGGAGCUAUAGUUGGGGCUUUCGGGUUUUUGUAUGCGGCGCAGCCGAAGGACCCGAGCAAGAGGGACGCGGGGUACCCGGCGGGGAUUGGGGUGAAGAACUCGUUGAUUUUACUCGGCUGCAUAAAUGCUUUGGGGAUGAUUUUCACGUUUUUGGUGCCGGAGUCGAAUGGGCGGUCGUUGGAGGAGAUAUCGGGGGAGAAUGAAGAGGAUAGUGAGAUGGUGCGUUCGAGUGGCAGUGGAGAGAUUAGGACAGUGCCGGUUUGA